AUGCGGCCCGUCAAGCAUACACCGGGCUGCUUGGCCUUGCAAAUCCGGCCUCUGCUUCUCGUGGGCGGGAGCCCUUGCCUUUGGAUGCUCGGGCUCGCCAUUCUCAGCCUCGCUGGCAGCUACGCCUUUCUGGGUGUGUGCACGGCCGUCGCUGUCUGCGCACAAGACCAAUGCGGAACCUUUGCAAGAGUGAUCUGCAUUGUGAACGGCGACAGUUAUGAGGCGCUAGAUUUGCUCAAUUUUGACAACAUGUCAUGGUUCAAGACAACGCCGCUCCAAACAGGAGCGAUUGGCUUCACUUUUUAUGACAACGCCACUGCCUUUUCUACCUUUCAAGUCUACGGCGCCAUGACCAUAUUCGACACGAUGGCUCUGCAUCAUUGUGAGUGCAGCGAGACGACUUGCUUGUGCACGGACGAGCAGAGUGUCAUCCUAGCUUUGAGCCCACUCGAUUUGUCCAUAUCCAAGGCGCUGAAUCUAUCCAGCUUGGCCGCCAAAACCAAAAACUCGGGCCAAGAAUGGGACUUGUUACAAGCCUCUGCUCUGAAGAGUGACCGCUACCAGUUUGGGGCGCAGCUGAAGCGCGUGGACACAAACGAGGAGGUUAUCUUUAUGAUUCGCAACCGCAGCCCCUUUGAAUUCCCUGAUCUACGCAACUUCAUUGUCAAGUAUUACCCUGACACGGACAACUUCCUCAUAACCGAUACUGACCCAUUUCUGCGAAAUGCUCUCCGCAGCAAUCAGUUUCAAAUGAUGAGUAUGCCUUGGAGCCGCGCGCAAAUUGGUCAUGUGUUAAAAGGCUACAUUGUCGCAGCCCAUGACAGCUUACCGCAAACAAAUGACGUCUUUUCUGGCGGCGGCUACGAUGGUUUGGGUUAUGGCGCAUCGCUUGGUAUGGUUGCACUGAACAGCUCGCAUGUCUUUGUUCAAGCCAGCACCGCGGGGGGCUCGGUGGCUUUGUACAUCAUGAUGGUUGACAGCAAUAAAGCUGUGCUCCGGUUGACCACCUCAAAUUCGCGUCAGCUUCUCGGCAUUGAUGGUCACGUUUCUGGAAUUUUUCUGCGUCAUCACAUGACUUUCUGGCACGUGACAGAGCCCCGCGGCGUCAAGUCCAGCGUCAUCGUGUUUGACAAUCCAGAUAUGCUACUCAAUGGAGAUGACGUAACAUCUCUUCCCAUCCUGGCGAACAACUGCACGCUUCCUGUGAUUCUGCUGGCCGAGGAUGAGUGGUUGGGCUGUUUCGAAACAGAGCUCCCGUAUUUUGUUUCAGUGAGGACCAACGCGAUAACGCUUAUGCGACUCAGAGCAGGGUGGCGUGCCCAUCUCAACCUAAACAUCUUGACCAUGAUGCACCCAGGCCUGGGCUUCUCUGUGGUGAUGCUACAAACCACAGCGGCUGUGCGAUCAAUUUUGUCUCAAUUGGCGCCUUUCCGCACCUUUCCGUGCAAGCCGCAGCAACAAACGGUGGUCAUGUUGGAUAACAGCAAUCCGCUAGCCCACGUGCGCUUGGACUGGUGCUCCCUCGAGCCCAUCAGUCUCUCCAUUACCAGUCGGUUUGGUGCUUCUCGAGGUAUCCGCCGUACCACGCUUGCUGUCAACACCUCCACCAUCUUUGAUGACGUUGAGUUGAACUUGCCCCAACACAAGGAACUGUUGGUGCCGACCUUGAUACCAGCACACAAGCAUGUGCAUAUCAUCCUCCACCUCGCCCCACUCGCCACGUAUGAUGUUCUCGACAUAUCUGCCGAUGGCUUGUCCUGCUCCUGUGCGCUGCCGUUUCCGUCGAUGCCCAUACCCGAUGGCUUGGCUGCCUCGGCACUUUGGACGGGUCAUGUUUUUGCUAGCUGGUCUCCGACUGAGCAUACUCCUAUUUGGCGCUCCCCGGGGCCACGUAACGAAUGGCAGUUGACAGCGUCUGGCUUGGCCCCAGACCGAUACCAGUAUCAGGUCAAGGUCAACGUUACAGGUGUUCCCACCAGGCUGACUGAUCAAUUGUGGAGCGCGCCAUGUCGUACGCUCGGAAGCAAUGGCCAGCCGUGCUUCAUGAUUGUGCGCAUGUGGACAAUAGGCGUGAGUGUGGUAGACUUGGUUCUUCUGGCUUCCGCCGCCCAGCCUGCAAACGCAACUGCCAGCGGAGUCAAUGCUUCAAACGGUGCGCUGUUUGUCGUUGUCGAGCACAAGGACGACCAUUUUUCUGUCACCUCAGUGAACAGCGACUCAGGUGUGGCGGAGGGAGAUGCACAAAUAUUUUUCAACGCGCACAGCGGGUUGAGGCUGUUCCGAGCGGCCUUGACGGAGCCCGUAGCAAUUUUUUUCAAGCACCACGAAGACGCGAUUUCAAGCACGGUCAUGACUAAUCUGCGCAUUGUGCACUUGUCCUCUCCUGUUCGAAACGUAACCACGUUUCUGUCUGGUGUUUGGACGCCUGCUGGCACCCUGCGCAUCGCUGAACAGCCCGUGCUUGCCGUUGUCGAACAAAGUGUCGCCACGCGUGCGUGGCGCGUGGGACUUUUGGGGCUGGAGGAGGGCUCUCUAACCUCCUGCCCGACGCAUUGGGGGACGGUGCUCUCACGCGCCGUUGUUGGCAGUGCCGUCUACGUUCUGGUUCGACAACGGCCUCGUUCCUUUGACACCGUGUUGGUUCGCAUCGAGGCCGCCGAGCUUUCCACGGCGGCUUGCCAGGCAGCGGUUAUCUACAGCCUACCCGAUGCAGCCGACGGCUCCCUGACCCCAACAGCUUCCACGCUGCGCCUACGCGCCAUAACCAGCGAGUUUGCUGUCCUGCCGCUGAACGCCCGGCCUCACGAACUUGUGACCGACGUCAUUCUUCAAACGGGUGGCCUCCCUGCAAACUACUCCUUACCGUGUGCCACAUUGUCUCCUGAAAUCAUAGUGUUGCCCGCGGAGCACCAAAUCGUCACAACAACGCUCUGUGCGCCCGGUGUGGGUUGGCACAUGGCCAUAUCCCUGCAGUUUGUUCGACACGUCACUGUGCAUGUGCCCGCUGCAUUGCGGUCAGUGACCAUGGCGGCCAGACGAUGCGUCGCAGGGCCCGCAUUUGAGGCGUUCUCCCUGGCCACACGCGUUGAUUGUGCUGCAACGUCGUGCGUCGUGGAGCGGGAUAGUAUCUCAUGCCCGCGAGGUACAUUUCCGGUCUUGUACGUUGACAUGAGCAUGUUUGAGCAGACGGCGUACAUUGCCUAUACCCCCAGCCUCUGCCCCGUAGCUCCCGUCGUGUCUAUGAUAGAGUGCAAACCGGUGCUGGUGGACGAAGGCCAAGAUCAAGUUGUGCAUGUCUUGUCGACUGCGUGUCCAGGUAGUCCCAUCGAUGGUGUUUUCAACGGCACCGGCGCGACCGCCGAGCUUGUUGACAGCGCAGCCUUGGACUGGAGUGUGUUGAGCGUGGUGCUUCUCGACAACCGCUACUUUUUAGCCUCGACUGCCUGGACCGGCUUUGUCCACGCUUCCGAGGCCCUUCAGGCUCUCCAAUGUGCAGAUGUUGUCAUCUUGGCGCUGACGGAUACCAUGGCCGCUUUGUGGUGCCAGAGUACAGUCACCGAGACUUCUGGCACUGCGGAUAAUGCAACGCUAGGCUCGUUGGUAUUGGUGCCCGCCGUGCCCAGUCCAACACUGGGUCAUCUGCGCGUUAUCACAAGCAGCGUCACGCGUGUCGUAGCCAGGCUGGAUACCAGGAGCCUCUGGUAUACAGCCGAGUGCCCGGGUUAUGGGCCUGCCGCGCCACGGUGUUUGUAUCGUUGGAGUUUUGCAGACCGUCGAACCGUGCCCGUCUUGCAAAACGUUCGAGGUGCCUUUGAUUUCAUAAACGCAUCUCACUUGGCCGUGUUGGAGAUGGAAACUGGAGUGGUGUUUCUGAGCAUUUAUGAGUGGAAUCCUGAACUGUCAACGUUGAUCAGAGCACAUUUUGUAGCGCUGGAUUGCAUCAACGCGGAGCUGCUCAUCGUGGUACCUCCUGCUCGCAGGACAGGCACCAGAGAAAACAGUGGCAGCAAUCAAGUGAGCAACCUCGCUGUCACUGGGAGUGACGACUAUGACGGUGCAGAUGACGGAGGCAGCGACGACCGCUACUACGAUGAUGAGGUGAACUCCUUUGACAUGUUCAUGACAGACACAACGCCCACUAUCGUCGUCGCCGAUGGGAAGCGCCUAGAGUUUGUCAAACCUGAACACGGAUCGCUGUGUCACUUGCCAACAGACAGCGUCAUCACCCGAUUAGAGCGAGCAGGGGCUGCGGCCGUUCGAGCGCAGUUUGCAAAUGGCGUCUGGAUGCUCCUGUCGCCCCCCCAGUCAGAUUGGCCAGGUGUCAUGAGUACAACAGCCCCGCCUGUCACCAACUUGCCAAGCACGUCCACCCAGCCAACAAACUUUUCAGCAUGCGAGCCCAUACCAUCGAUCGACAACAGCGCGCCCUUGUUUGUGACGAGUCGGAACGCAACGGGUCUGGUUCUCUGCCCUGGUGUACCGCAAAUUCACUUGAUUCGCGCUGUGCCGGCCCCGGUGCUGUUGGAGUUUGAGCUUGCUUCAAACGCCGAGGCGCACGGUCUCGUGAUCGUCGUUCACCUAUCGUCGCUCAAUGCGAACUUCACCUCGCGCCCAGUCACGCCAAGAUUUCGCAUCCCCAUUGAGCUAUACAGCACAUCUGACGUAGUACUCACACUGUCGUCUACGCUAGACGAAGCCUUGAGUUAUAACAUUUCCCUCUCAGCGCCAUACGGCCUGUCGGCACUUGAAACACCGGGGGCGAUGAGCGUCGUUCGCGCGUGUGACGCUUGCCUUCCUAGUGCCGUACCUCCGUCUUCGUUGCUGCAAGGUUGUGUUGAGACACCCGGCGGCAGUGGUUCGGCUUCCACUUGCGUGCUUGCAAAUUUGCAACGGCAUCUAGCAUCCCAGUCACUCUUCAACUUGCUAGACGCCCAUGUAAAUUGUACUGUGCGAUGGGUGUCCGCGGUCUCAUCCGUCGGGAUGUUUCGGCCAACCCCAACCGGCGUGGACACACUGCUGCCCAUUCCGUUGUUACUGCCCUUAGCAGGCUGUCCUCAGGGGCAGGUAGUGGCAGACCUCAGAACGGCAGCCUGGACCAAUGCCAGCGAGUAUGCCUUUGGGGCAAAGGGCAGCACUCUUUGGCUGAAGUCUGGGGUCUACUCCUGGAACUGGACAUGUUCCGCUCAACUCUUGAGUGCUGCACCCUUGAUCGUCUGGCCUGGCGCCGCUUUGGAUCUCCAGCUCAAGGUUGAGGCAUUGGCAACGGACGCUAGCUUGGUGCCUCUGCCUGCCCAGCGCGAGCUUCGGCAGUUUUCCCCGGGCUUGGAGACAUACCCACUCGAUGCAGUCGUGUGGCAGCUUGUUACCAACUUUUCUUUGAUGACGGAUACACCGGCGUUGCAUGAGGUCGUGUUGAGUGUACGUUUCGAGGGUGUGAUUAACCUGCGGGACGAUGCGAACAACGUGCAUGCGCACACGUACGUCGAUGAGGCUGGACCAGUCAGCCUGUGGCUCGCGCUGUCGGGCACCGCUGACCAGCCACAAGUUUUUGAGGUCUGGAUCAAAGGACGCGGGCGUGUGCAUUUGGAUCACAUCUCGACCGCCUACCCAUUCACGACAGGAACAGUCAGAAAUUGCGUAUGCUCUGCCUUUCCUGAUUGUGGUAUCAACGGUUUUUUUCGUUUGAAUGUCACCGACUUGGCCGCGGCUUGUGCUGUCUGCCCGACCAACGCGAUGGCCGGCGCCAAGGCGUGGAUGUGUCAGGCGGCCUGGACCUCACCUGCAACUUUGGACAUGCCGCUGCAAAGCCUCCAUGGGGAUGUGUUUGUGGACGAAGCCACUUUUGGGCCUCAAGUGUGGGUCGGAGAAGAGGACCCCACGGCUCAUAUUCCGGAGCGAGGGGCGGUGCAGCUGCUCGUUAAUUUACCCCUGACUGGCCCGUGGCCAUGGACUGUGAUGGCGACUCUGGCUCAAAAUGAAACAACCACGCUGAUGGCGCAAUACGGACGACAAGUGAUUGCCGCGCAAGAUUAUAUUCUAGUGGUCGAGACCAAUACAUAUUCCCAAAUUGCAGCCGUGCAUGCGUAUGCGCGCCGCGUUCGGAACUACAUCUACAAUGGAAGCCUGGCAAUCGCUUUGCCAACGGGCACUAGCAGCCUGCGCAUUGCUGCCACCGCGCGAGGGGUAGCGUACGCGUCGUAUCAGGCACACGAGCAGACUUGGGCGUUUUUGUUCUGGGAAUAUGGCCGUGUAGAUGCCAGCGGUGUGCCAUUAGCCACUGUUCAGUUUCCGACGCUCACAGCUUAUGGCAACCCGAAUCUGUUUCGCGCAUCGGGGCCAGAUGGCACCCAGCUGCUCAUGUAUAAUGGCGCCGUCUCCUGGCUUUUGCAAGAUACGGGUGCAGACUGGAUGGCCGAGAUGGUGGUCCAGAGUGCGAAUGCUCUGUAUAGGUUUCGUAGCGAGCAGGCCGUUGACGGCGCUCGGGUGGUGCUGGCUAUACAUGGCGCGAUGGACAUGGGGGACGAAAUCGUGUGCCAGAUCGCACGUGGGACAGGCGCAGUGGAGUGUGUGCGUGUGCCAAACUGCACAAGCGUAGACCAGAUGACUCUGGUCAAUGGGACGCUUGUGUUUGUUUGCUCACACUCUGAUGGUACUCGCCGUGUCGAUGGUCUGUUGCUGAACGCCCAAUGGCGUCACUUUACCUUGGGCUCCUGGUCGGCUGAUACUACGCUCCAUCUGAGCUGCACUGCUACAAGCGCAUUUGUUGGCCAAGGGCGCAACCUGACGCGUAUGAGUCUGGCUGGUUUGGGAAUGGCUCAGGGCAACGUGCUCGCCAGUGAGCAGGAGGCCGAGGCGCUUCUUGCUGUGACUUUGCUCAAUGGUAGCCUCAUUGAUGUGACGGCGGCCCCAACGCCUUCAACUGCCUCCUCGUCCUCAAUGGGACCUGAGCUCACGACCGCGUCGGGUGGCGCUGGCGCAGCUUCAGUGCGCAAUACCGACAGCACGGGCCUUGUGAUUGGGGUUGUCGUGGGGUUGGUUUUUGUAUUGAUAGCUGGGACUGUACUUGUGCGGCUGCGGGAUAAACGCCAACGAAAUAGAAGGCUUGCAGUGUUGGAGCAUGGAACCGAUACCGUACCCAUGUCUUCACUGGAGCACGUGGAGCUGUGCGUCCACGAGUUUCAAUCAAAACUCACAGCUGCUGAACACGCUGCUGAUGCCGAACACAUACCGGAGCUGGAAGCUUUGUUGGUCUCACGUCGUCUCCCGACCUUUAUGCAGGCUGAUGUACAUCUACAGCAGCUGGUGGGCCGGGGCAACUUUGGUGUGGUGACUACGGUGAUGGACACGAGAGCGGUUAUGUUAGAGGCGGCACUGAUGCACGUGGUGUCGGCACACCCGAACAUUGUCUCCCUGCUCGGAAUCAUCUCGGACGUGACUCCGGUGCAACUGGUUUUGGAGUACACACCCCUGGGGGAUCUGCGCAAGCAUUUGCGCACAAGUCUCUGCUCACAGCAGGCCAAGUUGGAUGGCACCGGAAGCGUUGGCACGCGGCGCCUUUUCCACGGCCUCGGACAUUUGGUCACUGGGGGUGGUCUUUUGGGAGAGUUGUGCUGCUGCCCUUCACCACCGUCCAUCAUGAACUCUGAAAUUCAUCUCAUCCUUGAGGAUGCCCUUCGCCGCGAGAAGGUUUCCAACCGCAAAACCUUGAGUAAAUCAGAAGUGAAGCGCAUUGUCAAUGAAACGCCCGGCUUGCGGGAUUUGCUCGCGCUCAAUGACAGUAACCAGGGCUGGCAAGCCAUCUGGUCUGAGCUCAACGUCCAGCCGGGUGAUGAGGAGGUUGACGUCGAGGCCUUUGACAACCUACUUCAAGUCAAGGCUCAAGCCUCCACCCCGCCCUCAGAGGAGCUCGCGGGUCAUCCCGUAAUUGAAACUGGCGAGAGUGCUUCCAUGGCUCACGAGAACCAACAUCAAGAAUACGUUAAACUCAACGUGGUCAGUGCCGCCGCGGCUGCCGCGCUUCGAGGCGAAGACAGCCCAUCUCCCUCUACUCAGCACCCGCCUCGCGAGCCCCCGGUCCCACUUGUGCCAAAGAACAAGCACCAAAAGAACGCAGCGAAGCAGCAGAGUGGCGAGUCUUAUGCCGCAGCACUCAAGCAUGCCCCGGCGCCCGAGGCAGCAUCAUCGCCCUCGUCGUCGCAGCAGUCCAAGUCUGCUUCAUCCGUCCGAGCCCCACCCCCAUCAGUCUCGUCGCAGCGCAAUGGAUCGGUGCGAUCAGCCAUCAGCAAUGCCACAGACCGCGCCGCCGAGGCCAUUGAUAAUGCGACUCAAGCCGUCGACGAGUCACUCGAAGUGUUGGAUGAAGAGGGCCCCGUGGCCGCUUCUGCCACUAUGGCUGCCAAGAUCCGCGGUGCCUGCGAGCGCCAUCCCGUGGUGACGGCCGUCUGUCUUGCGGGCGUGGCCGUGGGCGUGGCCUUUAUCGCACGUACUCGGGCCGGACGGCCACUCUUUUAAGUAGAGUCAGUCCCCUGUUUUAAAGAAAAAGUCGGGGCGUGCGUGCGUUCGUGCAUGCUAGUGACCCGUGAGUGUGUUUGUCAUCUUACUGGUGUUUAUGGAUGGUCAGAUUGAAUCUGGGUCCUGUUGUGUCUCUAUCCGUCUUUGAACAAAACGAAUUUGAAAAUUUG